GUCAAGAUAAAUUUUUUUUUUAUAUAUUAUUAUUCUCAAGUAGUCAAACAGGUGAAGUAAAAGCGAACGGCGAAAGAAUAGAAGGGUGUUGUUAUGGUGCAUGUGUUUAGCAUGAUAGAAAUGGUGGCUUUAUGAAAUAAAUUACAUGGAAUGUUAACAUGAGGAUAUCUAUCGUUUUCCUAUAUAGACUUUUAAUUAUGUUAUAAUUGUAAUUUGUGUGUUGUUCAAAUUCAUUGUGUUCGAGCAUGCUGCGUUUCCUUAGCAAACGAUUUAGCCGUUCAACUCGAGGAGGUAAACAUCGAGCAACUGAAGGCAAAACACCUACAAAGCCUGGAAAAAAUGUUUUACCUUGCAAAAUUAUAUUAUUGGAUGGCUCAGACUUGUCUGUUGAUGUACAUAAACGAGAUAUGGGGAGUGCUUUGUAUGAACAAGUCUUCUACCAUAUUGACCUAACAGAAAAAGAUUAUUUUGGUUUACAAUUCACAGAUGCAAACCAUGUGCAGCAUUGGUUGGAUCCUACGAAGCUUAUCAAAAAACAAGUGAAAAUUGGACCACCUUACACACUGCGUCUUAGAGUUAAAUUUUAUUCUUCUGAACCCAAUUCCUUAAGAGAAGAGCUUACAAGGUAUUUAUUUUUCUUACAACUAAAACAAGAUAUUCUUUCUGGGCGAUUACCAGUGGAUUAUGAUGCAACAGUAGAACUAUCUGCAUUCGCCUUACAAUCUGAGCUUGGUGAUUAUGAUCCUGUCCAGCAUACUCCGGGAUUUGUAUCAGAAUUCCGUUUUGCGCCUGACCAAACUGAACAAAUGGAGAUUGACAUUUUGAAUGCUCAUAAAUCAUGCAAAGGCCAAACUCCUGCACAGGCUGAGCUUAAUUAUUUAAACAAGGCUAAAUGGCUUGAAAUGUAUGGAGUUGAUAUGCACACAGUCUUGGGUAAAGAUGGUAAUGAGUAUUCUUUAGGACUCACUCCGACAGGAAUUCUAGUCUUUGAAAAUAAAACUAAAAUUGGAUUGUUCUUCUGGCCCAAAAUAACCCGUCUAGACUUUAAAUCAAAGAAGUUGACUUUGGUGGUCGUAGAAGAUGAUGAUGAGGGCCGGGAACAAGAACAUACUUUUGUAUUCCGACUGCACAAUCAGAAAGCUUGCAAACACCUGUGGAAGUGUGCAGUUGAACAUCAUGCUUUCUUUCGCUUGAAAGGUGGUCAGAAACCUAUAAAUGCUCGUCAAAAUUUCUUGCGAAUGGGAUCAAGAUUUAGAUAUAGUGGGAAAACCGAAUAUCAGACAACCCAAAAUAGAGCAAGAAGAACUGUUCAGUUUGAUCGCCGUCCAAGUCAGCGAUAUUCUCGUAGACCAACUCAUGAUAGAAGGCGAGAUCGUGAAAGAGAUAGAGAAAUUACUGAUGAACUUGCAAAUGCUCUAAGAAAUGAAGACAGAGGUCUAAGUGCUCUACCUGCCAACCUCACCUCAGUCGAGCCAAGUCAGAGUGCCACAGACAGUCCAGCCAAGUCGGUAGAUGCUCAACCAGCUUCUACUGUAAAAGAAACUGUGUUGGAGCCAUCAACAUCAUCUGAUAUAAAGAAUCCCGUCCCGCUUUCUAAUGGCAUUGUCAAGGAAAGUGCUGAAGAUCGAUUGGAUAAUUUAAUUAAAUCACUCACUAAAGGCAAACCUAGUGCUGAGAACACUGAAAUAAAUAAUGAGCUUUCUUCUUUGUCAGCUCAUAAAAAAGAAAUUCCAAGCCCAUGUGAUGUUACAGAUGUGGAUGAUGUCAUUCUCUUAAAAAAGGGAAAAGAAUCCCAUCCUGUAACUGUACCUACUACUAGCAAAGAUACCAAUACUUUAAAAAAUAACCAAAUGAAAGUAUUGGGUGGAGCCAAGCCAAUUCCUGCUGACCAGAUGAAAUGCAAUAUCUUAAAAGCUAAAAUGGAGGAAGAAAACAAAAAGAUUUCUUGUGAAAAGGCUCCUGUAGUUGUCGAUUUUCUGAAAGAGAAAAAACUUCUGGUUGAUAUUGAACAGGAUCAACCGCUUAUUCAAAUUAACGGUGAUAAGAGUCCAGAAGUAACCAGACAGCACUCAGCUGCCAAUGGUAAAGAUGCAUCCACUAUAAACAUUCCCUUAAAGAAAUCUCUUAAUGAUGAGGCAGAAGUCCCUGUUACGUCUACCGUUCCAAACGGUAGCAAGCUAUCUUCAAAACCCAUACCACCCCCUCGACAAAUAUCUCUUACUACCGAAGCUCUAAAGUUAGACUCUCUAAGCGAUACUACUGCACCUCUUUUACCUUUAAAAAUUCCUAUUUCAACUCCUUCACCCACUCUCCCUUCACCUCCUUCACUUUCUCCUCUAACCAUUGAACAUGUUCAAAUUAAUGGCUCUUCUGUUAUCAAUGUACCUCAACCAGCCAAAUUAACCGUUCAUAAAUCUACCGAACUUACUAAACUCCUUGAGGAUGCUGUUCAACAAAUGAAAUCUAUGCAUCUCUCUACUGUUUCUGAUACUAACAAUGGUAAAAAGUCUCCCUUAGAAAAUUCUACUUUUAACGUGAUACCUUUUUCUGAUAUCGCUUCUCCGAAAGAAUCAGCUAUAGAAGAAGGAUCGUUGAAAGAUGAAAUGGAGAAACCACGUGUUCUAACAGAGGAAAGCAUUAAUGGGAUGAUUAUUACACUGAAAGAGGAAAGUCAUAGGCAUAUUCAAGAGACAUCAUUUGCUGGCGCAAAUCCUGUUACCCGCUCUGUAUCUUCAGCUAGUAAUCGUGAUAUAUCAGUUCAAGCCAUUAUGAAAGUUUCCAAAACAUCACAACUGUCGCCGUGGCAUGUUGACAGUAGUAAUGGAGUGGCAUCACCUGAAAACCCAACGACCAUUCGUCGCACCGUAAUGACUACUGAACUUUGAUGUGCAUUUAUUAAACUUGUAUUAUAAUUUUUAUAGUGAGUCUCAUGAAAACGGUUUUGUCGUGAACAUAAAAAGUAAUCAAUUCUUUGUUUGACUUAUAAAUAUUUAUAACUGUAAAAAAGGAAUUUUGAAGUGUUUUCUGCUGCUGUUGUAUGUUAAAUAUUUUUGAUAUCGCGUCAUUGAAACACAGGGUCUUUAAAAAUUAAGUAAUUGAUGAAUUUUCAAGUAAACUUUAAAAUGUAAAAGCUUUAUAAAACUUUUAUGAUGCAUGUAUUAAGUAUAAAAAUGUUUUAAACUGUAUCUUUUAGUUUAUAUAUCAUGUUAAAUGUUUUCAGUACUGUUUACUAACAUUUCAAGCAUUUUAAAGUUUAUUUUUUAUAACAUGUGAAAUAUUAUUUAGCAGAAUAGGGAAAUUAGGGAAAAGUCAAGGAAUUUCAUCAAUCAGGGAAAUGUCAGAAAAUGUAAUUAAUAUAACCAAAAAAAUUGGGAUAAAAGAAUCAGUUGAAGUUAUAAAUUAAUACAAUUUUGAUAUCAAGGUUUAAGUGUUUUGUUAUAUGUUUAUCUAUAAAAACGAGGUGCAAUGGAAAAAUUAAUGAUAAAAUUUUUUUGCCGCCAUUACAAAAGUCAGGAAAUUUUUUCGUGUUUAGAUAUAAAAAGAAGCAACAAUUUUUUUAUUAAAUAAUUCAUAAAAACCUAUAAAUAUGAUUGAUACUUUUACAAAUUUUGUAUUUUUAAGAUCCUGUGCCUUCUUAUUUAGUGAUUUUUUUUUUUUUUUAAUUUUAAAAAUAUUAGCUACUAUUCAAUAGUUCCUUAUUACAGAGAUGUAACUCUCUCUCAUUCCGUCCAUUGUUGAUUUUAAACUAUUUAUACAACUUUAUGAAUUUAAAAUUUUAACUUUUUAAGUAUAUUGCAAAAGUGAUAAUAUAUUAAAUAGUUUUAAACUUCUUACAAAGAUUUUAAUCUAAAUGAUAUAAUGCAUUAUUUAUAGAUGAAUUCUUUAUUAUAUUAUGCAGUUAUAUUUUUUUUAAAUAAAUCGUGCUUUAAUACUUGUGAAAAAAAAUUAUAUAAACUAUAACCUAAAGUCAAAUUGCAGUCUUAACUUUCUCUACAUCUAUUGCUCAAUGAGAUUUUAAUUGCAAAACAAUAGACAUUCCGUUUAAUAUUUAAUUGUUAAUUAAUAUUAAAAGGAAUUUUCAGUUGAUAUUUUAUUCUUAUUGCUAAAUUUAUUGAGUGCUAUUAUUUAGCCAUAAUUAUUUAAAUUUAAUUAAUUCACAAUGUAUUCAAUUAUUCAUCUUAAUAAAAUGUAUUUCACUCAUUUUAAAAAAUGUUAAAGUUGUAAUCACAGAAUAAUUUGUGAAAUUAUAAAUUUUUCUUUGUUAAUUAUGUUUUCCUAUAUAGAGUGAUAUGUAACUUAUGUUUAAAUUGUGCCAAGAUGUUUUUGUUUGCCAUACAUGAUUUUGUAUUUUCAUUCGUCUUUUAUGUUCAUAUUCGCUUUAUUAAAGUGUGUAGUGGAUCUCAAGCUGACAUGAGGUUGCAUUUUGUAUAUUAUGUAUUAUGUAAUUAGUUAUUAGUGGAUAUUGUGUAUGAAAUUCAGAAAUAUUCCGUUUUGGAAUAAAGAAGUUAAAAUUCUA